AUGAAGCUUCAAUCAUUGGUCGCGCUUCUGGGGGGUGCCCAUCUAGCCCUAGCCUGGCUUCCCACCGACCAAGGCCGGAGUCUCUCGACCUUCACCAAUACCCAGACCACAAAGAUCCGUGGCGUCAAUCUGGGGUCCCAUUUCAUCAUGGAGAAAUGGAUGGCCAGUACCGAAUGGUCCAGUUUGGGCUGCGACGACUACAAGAGCGAGUGGGAUUGCGUGAAAGGCAUCGGACAGGACGCGGCCAAUGCAGCUUUCAAGAAACAUUGGCAGACGUGGAUCACUAAGGAUGAUAUUACUCGGAUGGUAUCCUAUGGACUUAACACGAUCCGCAUCCCAGUCGGCUUCUGGAUGCACGAAGAGCUAAUCAAUGACAACGAGUACUACCCACGCAACAACGCGAUCGAGGAUCUGACCAACGUCUGCCAAUGGGCGUCCGACGCUGAUAUGUAUAUCAUUAUUGAUCUCCACGGGCUGCCGGGCGCUCAGGAGCCUAACCAACCUUUUACCGGUCGGUACGUAGACCCGCCACAAUUUUACCAAAGCGACGAAAACGCCGAACGAGCAUACAAGUUCUACGAAUGGAUACUCGAGCAAAUCCACACCAAUCGCUCUGCAUUCAAAAAUGUGGGCGCCCUGGAACUUGUCAACGAGCCUCUCCAGAACACGGAGAAUGGUGACACAAACUGGAUGGUCGAGCAUUUCUAUCCGACCGCUAUUGAUCGCAUUCGGGCCAAAGAAUCGGACCUGGGUGUUUCAGGUGCUGAUGCGUUGCAUGUUACUGUCAUGGACGACAAAUGGGACUCAGGUGGUAAUCCCACUCGCUCUCUUAACGACACUCAAAAGAAGAAUCUCCUGUUCGACGAUCACAAUUAUGAGAUCUAUCUGGUUCGCAACGCCAAGACAAUAGACGAUAUGAUUACGGAUGCAUGCGGUGAUAACCGCACGUCCAGUGUUAGUCCUAAGAUUGUGGGAGAGUGGAGCUUGGCGUUUGAUAAUACAGGCGACAACUUCCUGCCCAUGACCGGGGAUCAUGCAAAGUCGUACUCGAAGUGGUUCUCGGCGCAGCAGAGACGGUAUGAGGCGCUUGAUGGGUGGGUCUUUUGGUCGUGGAAGACCGACGACUUGCCUAAUGUUGAGCAGUGGAAUUAUCAGAAGGCUGUUGACGCGGGUAUCAUUGACAAGGAUUUGAAUGUGCAGUAUGAUCAAAAUCCGUGCUAG